CGCUUUAAUACUCUAUCAAAAAGUAAUCACAACUACAAGCCUAGUAUACCUUUCUGUCGACCUUUUAAGGCAAGAAUACUUAAUCAUACUUUUCUUAAGUAUAUAUCGAUCAAAAGAUUAAGUACAAGUAUAAGCCAAGUAUACUUAAGCAUAUCUCUGAUAAGUACAUAAAAAGUAAACUGAAAGUAUACUCUCUUAUUGUAAGUUGAAAAUAAGUAUAAUAAUAGCACACUUGAUUAAACCUGUUUUUGGUGAGGCUAUGUGGAGGUAUUUUCCAAGGAGGCAUUAAAACCUCACCUACAUAGCUACACUGAGAGGAGGAGCAACACUGAAAGAGGAGAGCUGAAAUGUCACAUUUCCUGAAAUGAAAGUUAAGGUUUGUCUGAGUGACAGCAGAGCUGCAGUCCAGACAAGUCUCUCUGUGUUUCUCUCUACAGAAACAUUCAACUGAAUCCAGCAGGUUUUUUUUAACAACAACACAGCAGAAUCUCUGCCAAACACUGAGUGUAGAUAUGUCUGCUGCCAGCUGUCUGCUGAAUGAAGAUCAGUUUCUGUGCUCCAUCUGUCUGGAUGUGUUCACUGAUCCAGUCACCAUACCAUGUGGACACAACUUCUGCAAAACCUGCAUCACUAAACACUGGGAUAUUAAUGUCCCGCGUCGGUGUCCCAACUGUCAAAUUUUCAACACUGGACCUGAGCUGCAGGUCAAUACUUUCAUCUCUGAGAUGGCUGCUCAGUUCAGAAAGUCAUCUCAACAGAAAGCCACCAGCAGCAGUUCAGAGCAACAAGCUGCCAAACCAGGAGAAGUGAAGGCCUGGAUGGUCUGCCUGUUGUGUCUGAUGUGUGUCUGCAUACUCUGGAUGAUUUUAAACCACAAGACACAUGUUGUUGGAAAGAAGGCCGAGCUGGGGAAGACAGAGGCUGAAAUUCAGCAGAUGAUCCAGAAGAGACGUCUGAAGAUUCUGGAGAUCAAACACUCAGUGGGGCUCAGUAAGGAAGAUGCAGACAGAGAGAUAGCAGAUGGUGUUCAGGUCUUCACCACUCUGAAGGAGACUAUUGACAGAAGCCAGGCCGAGCUCAUCGACACGAUCAAAGAGAAGCAGAGAAAGACAGAGAAACAGGCUGAAGGCUUCAUCAAAGAGCUGGAACAGGAGAUCUCUAAGCUAAAGAAGAGAAGCACUGAGGUGGAGCAGCUCUCACGCUCUGAAGACAACCUCCAUCUCAUCCAAAGCUUCACGUCCCUGAACGCUGCUCAACCCACCAAGGACUGGACACAAGUCAACGUCCGUCCACCUUUUUAUGAAGGGACUGUGAGGAGAGCUGUAAAUCAGCUGGAGGAGAUGCUUAAAGAAGAGAUAAUGUAUCUGGUUUUCGCCGAGCAUAAGAGGGUCCAGCGGUCUGCAGUGGAUCUCACACUUGAUCUUGAUACAGCCCAUACUGGGUUCAUCCUGUCUGAUGAUGGAAAAGAAGUUAAACUUGGUCAUGUAUGGAAGUAUCACCCAGACAGUCCAAAGAGAUUUGAUUCAGAUUUUAAUGUCUUAGCAAAGGAGAGUUUCUCUUCAGGAAGGUUUUACUAUGAGGUUCAGGUUAAAGGGAAUACUGCAUGGUCUUUAGGAGUGGUCAGUGAGUCGAUCAACAGGAAGGCAAAAAUCACAGUUACUCCUCAGAAUGGCUACUGGACGAUAUCUUUGAUGUAUAACAAUAGGUACUACACUGCUGCUGCUGACCCUGCAAUCCGUCUCUCUCUGAAGUCUCAGCCUGAGAAGGUGGGGGUGUUUGUGGAUUAUGAGGAGGGUCUGGUCUCCUUUUAUGACGUUGAUACUGCAGCUCUUAUCUACUCCUUUACUGGCUGCUCCUUCACUGAGAAACUCUACCCACUUUUUAGUCCUAGUCUUAAUUAUGAUGGUGCCGCUCUGAUCAUCUCUCCUGUCAAUCACACUGAGUAGAACAACCGUUUGAUUUCACUAUUACUAUCAUUUAAUGUAAUAAAUGUAUAUUUAUUUGUGAUGUACGGUUUACACAUUGUGACCUCCACCAAGGCCGAAGGCCUAGGAAGGAGGUUAUGUUUUCACCGGCAUUGGUUUGUUGG